GACACGGGCAGAAGAUCGGGUGGGCCACAUCUCCGUGGUUGGUCGGUAUCAUCGGCUUCCAACUCGGCUCGAGGACGACUACUUUGUGGAGAAGAAGGCACUUGGAACCGGCUACAAUGGCUCAGUACUUUUGGCCAGAGGGAAGAAUAGAACGGGCAAGUUCGCCGUCAAGGCCUUCAAGCUACAUGGUGUUAGCAAAGAGAAGAAGGCUGAGCUUGCUUCCGAAGCUGAAAUCUUCCUGAGUAUGGAUCAUCCGCACAUUGUCCGGCUGUUUGAUGUCUAUGAGGAAGAGGACAGGCUAAGCCUCGUCAUGGAGUGCAUGGAGGGUGGCGAGCUCUUCGAUCGAGUGCGCGAGCGGAAAGUGUACUCAGAGAAAGAUGCCUGCAAAACAGCGUGGAUGAUGCUCUUGGCGGUCAAUUACCUGCACAGCGCCGGCAUCGUACACCGGGACUUGAAGCUUGAGAAUUUCCUCUACGAGAGGAAGGAUGGCGACUUCCUGAAACUCAUCGAUUUCGGCUUCAGCAAGGUGUGGGCCAAGAACACGAAGAUGGAGUUGAGCUGCGGGACUCUGUCGUAUGCAGCCCCAGAGGUGUUGGCGAAGUCUUACACGAGCCAGUGCGACCUCUGGAGCUUGGGAGUGAUUGUCUUCAUCUUGUUGGUCGGCUACAUGCCUUUUGCUGGCAAUGACGAAAGGAAGCAGAUUCAGAUGAUCCGCUCUGGUCAUUACAUCGUGAAGAAGGACAGGUGGGCCAAGGUUUCGUCCCAGGCCUCGGACUUUGUGCAGAAGCUCCUUGUGGUGGACCCAGAUGUGCGCAUGAACGCCCCGGCCGCCUUGGAGCAUCCUUGGAUCAAGAAUUUGGAGCAUGCCAACACCGAUUGCAUUGACGAGGCCAUGGUCAUGUCCCUCUGUGACUUCGCGAAGUCUCAGAACUUCCGGAGAAGCUGCAUGAAGCUCAUGGCCUGGUCUCUCACAGCAUCGGAGAGGGGCCAAGUACGGGAGGCUUUCCUAGAGCUCGACAAAGGAAGCACCGGCACCAUCACGGCAGCCGACUUCAAGAAAGUCUUAGAAGACAACUUCCACAUUCCCGAAGGCCAGGCCGAAACGGUGUUCAAUGCGAUCGGCGACGUAGAGCAGGAUGAGAUCCACUACUCGGAGUUCUUGGCUGCCAUGAUGGCAUCAAGGAUUUCUUUACAUGAUGAUCUCCUCAAGGAUGCCUUCCGCCGCUUCGACACAGAAAACACAGGCUUCAUCCGAAAGGAGGAUCUUUUGCUGGUACUGGAAAGCGAUCGCGAAGCCAACCAAGUGAUGAACGACCUCGAUGUGAAUCAUGACGGCAAGAUUUCCUAUGAGGAGUUCAUCGGUUACUUGAAGAGUGGUGGUGCUGAUGACGACGCACUUGAAGCCGCAGAAAGAGCAAUCUCGAAGGAGAUCAUCACGUUGAACAGGCCACAAGACGACCAGAGGCUUCGAAAGCGUGACAAGCUGAAAGGCAUGUUUGUCCGAAUGUUUUCCACUUAG